AAUUUCAUCAGUCUACUUUUCGGUUUUGCGUAAAGGUGAAAAUUUUUUAAAGUUUUGGAAGGCUUCAAAAUUAAUUAUGGCAACGCGGGUGACAAAGCCUAUGAAGUGCCCCAAAUUACUAUUGCAAGCGAUUCAGUUGCAGAGGAAGUCAACGAAUGGUAAACGUUCGCCUUUUGUGCGUUACACAAGUGACUCGGGGAAAUGCCGAAAAGCCAAUACAGAGGAGAAAAAGAAAUGCAGAAUGCCAUUGGUCAUUCCACCGGCAUAUUUUAAGAAACCCGAUCCAUGCAAGACUGAUGAAGAGCUAACAACGGAGCGCUCUUUAGGUGUUUAUAUGCGCUGUAAUCCGCCCUAUAAACCAGAAUGCAUGGGACCGUGUUUCAAUGAACCUCGCCUGGAUUCCACUCUCUACAAGCCUAGCAAGACUCUUGAUAAGGAAUACAAGAAAUACUGGGUGGACUGCGUCAUGGAAAAGGUUCCCAAGCGUGUGUGUAAUAUAUCUGCGCCUGAAAUAGUUCGACGUCCUAGACGAAAGACAAUCUGCAAUGCGCCUGCUCCUUCAAAAGGAUGGAGCACAAUGCACCCAUUGCAAUGCCGACCCUUGAAACCAGGACCGCCCAUAUCGGAGAGUCGCUGCAUUCAAAAUCCGCUCUGCGAGUGCCCCAAGGCAAGGAAGGUGUCAAAGUGCAAGAUUAAUCAAAAGAAAGAUGCCAGCGCUAAGCGUCAGUUAACGCGUUAUCCCAGUUUCUCUGAAUGCCAAAACGUUGAACUAAACAAGGAACCAGUAACUGAGUGUCAUAAGAAAAUUAGUAUUUGUGAAGUCUGGCGUAUCUUCAAAGCGAGACAUAGCCAAGGAGUCUGACGCUCCAGAGACUGUGAUGUUUCCUAGUGUUUCUGUUUUGGAGAUACGCUUAUGACUAAACCUAAAUUGCAUGAGCGGUCUAAACUAAAUUUUAUAAAAAGUGACGUAAUUAGUGGAAAGAUGCUUGCUUCCGAAUUAUUUCAAGGCAUUAAUUUGUGAACCAAUUUUUCUUGGAAAGCGAAUAAAAUUUUCAUUAAAAUUCAAUAUAA